AACACGAGCUUUCCAGCUAUAUGUACAUUUAAAGUGUUAAUCAAGAUAGAUUUCGUCCUUAAUCACCCAAAGAUUUAUUUAGUUUACGUCAUCCAAUGUAAAAUAAAAAGAGUCAUCAGGUGUUACCUCAUCCUUCUUGCUUGCGGAUUCGGCCAUAGAACUUGAGUGUCAAAGAGAACUAAUUCAGGCUAGGCGACGGAGAAAGUCAAAAGGUGGGGGAAAGAGUUCCAUGCCAUGUCCUUUUCGUACGAACCAACCUCCCAGACUUUGAGAGCAUCAUUACCUUACCAACCAUGAACAAGAAGGAAAAACCAAACAAUUAACCACAAUCAAAAUAGUUUAGAAACCCUUAAAGAUCGAAGAACUUUUAAGCAACCUUUCGAAUCAGGAAUCCGUUUUAGUGAUGUGUUCGUCAGAUGAAUUUCGAGAUUGUCGGCUCAACAAGUUGAUCAUAAGAGUUUGGAGAGGUUACUUAAGAGGCUAGUUAGGAACGACAUCCAUGGCCACUUUGAUUUGCUAGGAGUGUACGACCAUACUACAUGUACUAUAUAUAAGUGGUCGUUUGCUUCAAGGAUUUUAUAACGAGGGUUUUGUCAUGGAUUUACUAAUUAAAAACCUGGAAAUUUAUUAGGGAUUUUGGGCAUUAUGGAUUUGAGGAAAUCCUUUGUUUGUUGAGUUAUUUUAAUCAUGGAUUUGAUGGUUUUUCAGCUUGACUCCAAAUCCCAGGGUAUGAAGUGAGAUUUAUAAAACCGUGGGGCCCAUGGAUUUGGAGCAAAAAAAACCCCAAAUCUGUGGGGCCCACAAAUUUAUCUAAAUAUUUUUUAACAAAGCAAACAACGGAUUGUGUGUAAAUCCAUGAUGGUUGGUUUUUUGGUACGAAAUCCAUAAUGCAAAUCUUUGAAGCAAACGACCCCUAACUCAUGAUCAACCAUCACAAGAUUAAUUAAAAUACUUUAUUUCACCAAAAUUGUUGUUAAAGAGUACGAUCACUUUGAUUUUGUUAUAACGCGACCACUUAUAACAUGACCACGCUACGCGUGUACUAUAACUCUCACAGUCAACCAUCACAAGCAAUGCAUUUUAUUUCACCAAAAUUGCUACUAACGAACGCACACUUACAAACAUUAAUUUAACCCGAAUUUUAGAAAUCACACAGACAAUGAUCGUUAAGUAUAGAAGUUUGUAGAUUUACUGCAGCGGAAGAAAAAAGAAACCCUUGGUAAGUACACUGAAUAUAAUCCAAUAAAUUGAAGAAAAAAACCAAACAUGGUGGGAAAAAUCAAACGAAAGGAAAAUUAGAAAGGAGUCGCUUGCCUCUCUCCCUCGCUCUCUCAGGUCAAGCAUCGCAUCCGCGUUUUUAGUCGCACCAUAUUUUAAAAAACAAAACAAAAAUAUUUCACUCGCACCGAUCCCUCUCUCUUUGCUUAAAUACCUCCCAAAUCCACAACCCAUUUCCUCAGAACAAACAUCUCCCUCUUUUUCCUUCUCUCUCUCAAUCUCAAUCUCAAUCUCAAUCCUCAACUCGAACAACGACAACCGAUCAUAUAUAUAUACGACCUUCGGUUUUCCGAUAAUGACGGCGGAGAAAUCCCGGUGGGCUGCCUUCCUCUCCAGCUGCCUAUUCGGCUCCCAAGAAGAAACCACAACCCAUGAUCGGAAAACCCACAAGAGAAAGAAGACGACAAAAAACAAGAAGAAGACGCCCACGUCAUCACCCUCCUCCUCCCCCAAUCCCAAGAAGCAGCACGUCACGACAACGACGACCGGCCGGGUCUCCAUCUCCGACCUCAGCAACCCGGACUCCUCGCUGCUGCUCUCCUCCGCCGACCUCUCCGUCUCCCUCGCCGGCUCCAACCUCCACGUCUUCACCCUCGCCGAGCUCAAGGUCAUCACCCAGAGCUUCUCCUCCUCCAACUUCCUCGGCGAGGGCGGCUUCGGCCCCGUCCACAAGGGCUUCAUCGACGACAAGCUCCGCCCCGGACUCCUCAAACCCCAGCCCGUCGCCGUCAAGCUCCUCGACCCUGACGGCCUCCAGGGCCACCGCGAGUGGCUCACCGAGGUCCUCUUCCUCGGACACCUCCGCCACCCGCACCUCGUCAGGCUCCUCGGCUACUGCUGCGAGGACGACCACCGCAUGCUCGUCUACGAGUACAUGCCGCGCGGCAGCCUCGAGAACCACCUCUUCCGCCGCUAUGCGGCGUCGCUUCAGUGGUCAACGAGGAUGAAGAUCGCUUUGGGAGCGGCCAAGGGGCUCCAGUUCCUCCACGAGUCCGAGAAGCCGGUGAUCUACCGCGACUUCAAGGCCUCCAACAUCCUCCUGGACUCGGACUACACGGCCAAGCUGUCAGACUUCGGGCUGGCGAAAGACGGGCCGGAAGGGUCCGACACCCACAUCUCGACCCGGGUCAUGGGGACCCACGGCUACGCGGCCCCAGAGUACAUCAUGACGGGCCACCUGACGUCGAUGAGCGACGUGUACAGCUUCGGGGUCGUACUGCUGGAGCUGUUGACGGGAAGAAAGGCGGUGGACAAAGGUCGGCCCCAGAGAGAGCAGAGCCUGGUGGACUGGGCCCGGCCCAUGCUCCUGGAGCCCAGGAGGCUGAGCCGGAUCAUGGACCCAAGGCUCGAGGGGCAGUACUCCGAGACAGGGGCCAGGAAGGCGGCGGCACUGGCGUACCAGUGCCUGAGCCACCGGCCCAAGCACAGGCCCACCAUGAGCCUCGUGGUCAAGACGCUGGAGCCUCUCGAGGACUACAAGGAUUUCGCCGUGGGGACUUUCGUGUACGUGGUCCCCACGGCGGAGACCAAGAAUGGUGUUGGUCAAAAGGAGUUAGGUGAGGAGGAUAAGGUGGCGGAAAGUGAUGGGAAGAAGAAGGAAGAAGGUGGACAAGAACAGUAUCAUCAUAGACAUAAGCUCCACCGUCGAGAGGGCGGCGGAAGGAAGCAACGCCGGAGUUCGCCGCCGACGAGUCGGGAGGAAGAAGGUGGGUACAACAAGCAGAGUCCUCGAUCCGACAGAUUGAACUCUCCGUUGCAUCCAAAAGCCAAAGGAGCAUGAUUUUUUUUUUUUUUUUGUUCUUGUUUUUCUUUUAUAAUUAGAAACAAUUUUUUUACUACUAUAGUGUUGCAAGUGUAUAUUUUUUGGCAGUGUAAAUAGAUACAUGUGGAGUUUUCUUCAACUAGGAUUAAUCAUGUAGAAAUUGAGAUUGUAUUUGAUGAGGAGAAUUGUUCAACAUGGACAUGUUCCGGACCAAGUCAAAACCAGUAAGCUGUUAACAAGUUUGAGACAUGGUGUGGGGAUUUUCAGUUGUAUAAAUGGGAAUGGAGUCAAAGAAACAGCUAGGCCGAUUCUGAAAUGGAGAAGGAGAACUCGCGCGGAAAUUACCUGCCUGCCUUGUUGACCUUCCAAUCGUUGAGGUUGCGCGGGAAACAGAAGUUGGUGCCUUGGUGUUGGUGGUGAAGAAGAUUCAACCUGACGUAGCUGAUUUUGUAACCGUAACUCAGAAGCUCUAUAGGCUCAUUUUCUUUGGAGGCGGGAGGCAACUGAGAUUCAUCAUCUGCAUUUAACUUCUCAGCUGCCACAGCCUGACAGGCAGUGGUAGAGGUAGGGAUGGCAACAAAACCCGAACCCACGGGUACCCAUCCGACCCAACCCGGUCAACGCGGGUAAAAUUCGUGUUGAUGGGUUUUGGGCCGGGUUUGGGUUUAAACCCGUUCACUAUUCACCGGGUUGGGUUUGGGUUUAGGUAAACCCGACCCAUGGGUAUCCGCCCACACCCAUAUAAUUAAUUUUCUCGGUAUAUUUAAUAUUCUAAACAACUAAUCUUAUUUAUGUUUGUGGAGACAUGUCUAAUUUUUUCUUUCUAAUUGUGUAGAAUGAAGUUGAUAUUAUCGAGUGGAGAGUGAAGAAACUUAAUUGAAAGGAAGAAGCUUUCAAUUAAUUAUGUUAUUUAUG